UGGCAACCACCAUCACCGUGGCCAUGACCGGAUACCAAUUUACGAUCAGUUCAAUAACCUGUGUCACUAUUUUACGAUUCCUAUCUUGUAGUUCAACCAUUUAAAAUAAAAUAGCAAGAACAAGAUUAUGUAUUGCGCAAUGUCGCCUAUAUUGCAUGUUGUUCUUUGACAUUCAAACAAAAUACGAGUAAGUGAAAGUAUUGAAAAAUAAACACAAGAGGGCCAAUACUAUAACAUAAAACAAUUCGUAUCGCAAGAAGACAUUUCUCAGCAAAUAAAUACGGGGUGACUCGAAAAGUAUAGACAACGCGUUUGUUUUUUUCAAACUUUAAAGUUGAAAUUAUAAAAAUAAAAAAAAAAUAAAAUAAAAUAAGAUUACAACAUCUGGUUGCCAAAUGUAUCUUUGUAUGGAUUAAAAGUUAUUAACUGACAUUGCUCGUGUUCCUUCGAGUGGGGAAAAUAGGGUGCAUAUAUAUACAUCGAAAAACGUGUAAUAAUUUAAUUUUUUUUACACAUAAACUUACCUAAUCUAUAUUGAAGUCGUGUACUUGUUAAUUUAUUAUCUGCUACGUUAAAAAAAUAGUAUAUAGUCGCAAAAAUUCUAUUGAAAUUUAUUGGGACUUUAGCAACAUUGUGUUACAAGCAAGCAAGUUAAACAGGAAUUGAACAGCUGAUGCUUCGUCAAGACCGGCGAAAUGUCAAAGUCUAGGCAAAUUACUUUACGUGUGCAAUGUUCAGAAGGGACAAAACGUAUAGAUGUAAAUUUUUCUGAUNNAAUUUCUUUAGUAUAUGAAAAGAUCUCUAAAGCCUUUGAAUUGAAUACUACUGGAUUUGUACUCUAUAGAGAACGAAAUCAUAAAGAUGAACUUCCAUAUUCUCACAGCAAAACAGUUUCAGGAACACGUCUUUCUCAUGGAGAUAUGUUAUAUCUUGCUCCUCAAAAUAAUAUACAAUUGUGGAGUACUCCCUCAACUAGUACUGCCACCAUUGAUAUUUCUCAAGAACCAAGACCAAUGGAUGAAAUAGAAACUAUCAAUCAUACUAAUGUUUCUCAAUCUGUAUCAAAUAUAAUUGAGGAUGUUGAUGAACAAUUAUGGAAACUUGAUGGUAAAAUACAAAGAAAACGUGAUGAAAAACUUUGUAGACAUGGUGCAAAUGGAUGCUGUGUUCAUUGUACUCCUUUAGAACCUUUUGAUGAAGCUUAUCUUAAAGAACAAAAUAUAAAACAUUUAUCAUUUCAUUCAUAUCUUAGAAAACUCACUGCUGGUGUUGAUAGAGGGAAGUUUAUACAAUUAGAUGACAUAAACUGCCGUAUAAAGACUGGUUGUAAAGAUCAUCCACCUUGGCCACGAGGUAUAUGUAGCAAAUGUCAACCAAGUUCUAUUACUCUAAAUCGCCAAACUUAUCGUCAUGUCGACAACGUUAUGUUUGAAAAUUCAAGUUUAGUUGAGCGUUUUCUCAAUUAUUGGCGUAGCACAGGUCAUCAACGUAUUGGAUUUUUAUAUGGAAGAUAUGAAAUACAUACAGAUGUACCAUUAGGAAUUAGAGCUGUUGUUACAGCUAUUUAUGAGCCCCCACAGGAAAGUACAAAAAAUUCUAUACGACUUUUACCAGAUGAAAAGGAAACAAUAGUUGAUGAAUUGGCUCAUUUACUUAAUUUAAAAAAAAUUGGAUGGAUUUUUACUGAUCUUAUAGCUGAUGAUAUCAAGAUAGGAACGGUAAAACAUGUUCGAAAUAUAGAAAGUCAUUUUUUAUCUGCUCAAGAAUGUAUUAUGGUUACUGUUUGUGUUACUGGUGAUGAAAAAAAUCAAAUUCACAUGGAAGGUUAUCAAGUAUCUAAUCAAUGCAUGGCAUUGGUACGUGAUGGCUGUUUGGUUCCUACAAAAGAUGCGCCAGAAUUGGGCUAUGUAAUUGAAUCAACAGAUAAACAGUAUGUUCCAGAUGUCUUCUACAAGGAAAAAGAUUCUUAUGGAAAUGAAGUGUCAAGGCUAGCAAGACCUUUGCCAGUAGAAUAUUUAUUGGUAGAUGUACCUGCAUCCACACCACUUACUCCACAGUUUACUUUUUAUAUUAGCAAUACUAUUACUCCAUUUCCAAUUGAAAAUAGAUUCAUCGAUGGACAAAUUCAGGAAUUUAGUUCACUUUGUUCUUAUAUGCAACAAUUUACUAAAGGACAAUUCUUAGAAGCAGUUUCAGAUUUUCAUUUGUUAAUUUUUAUUGCAACUAUGGAUAUGUUUCCAAUGAAGGAUCACAUGAUACCACUAUUAGAUGCAAUUCGUAAUAAAAAUAGAGAAAAAGCAAUAGAGUGGACACAUUCGGAACAAUGGGCAACAAUAGAGCAACUAAUAUCUGAAGCUACAGCAUCAACAUCUCGACCAUUAUUUGAUACUAAUUCAAGAAUUUCAUCUUCUGUGCUUGUAGAAGGAAGUGGAAUAGCAGUUGGCACAGAUCCAAUUGUAAAUUCACCACCUGAUCAAACACUUUGGACUUGUUCACAUUGCACUUUUCUCAAUGCAGCAGAUUUUGCAAUGUGUGAAAUGUGUGGUUUACCAAGAAAUACGUAACAAAAAUUCAUUAUUAUAUUGCUUUUGUAUGCAUUUAAGGGUGCUAUCCUUAAAUUGCAAUUUUGCUUCCGCAGGUUUUGUUCUUGCGGAUAUAAAUUGUUUUGAACGCAUACUUGGCUUUAUUUAUGAGUGAAUAAAAAAAAGAAAAAAUAUCUUUUACCAAAACCUA